AUGAUAGUCUCCGGUGGAGCUCCAAUAUGGGCCGAUACACCGUGGCCAUUGAUCCCAUCCCCAAAAGAAGAUGCGUCAAAACAUGCUUCCAUUCACAUCGCGACGGAGAUGACCCACACGCAUAAUUGUAUGCUCCGUGCUCUGAAUAGUAUCUACCACCAGGCAGAGCAGCUCGAGAAGCUAGAAGACAUCGCGGACUUUUUAUUCUUUAUCAAGUCCUGGUCAGGUUGGGUAUCCCAUCAUCACACGAUGGAAGAAGAAAUGAUGUUCCCGGGGUUUGAGAGGGUGAUUGGAACCCCUGGAUUCCUGGGCGACAACGUGGAACAGCAUCACGCAUUCCAGCCACAUUUGAAAAUACUCCAAGAUUAUAGCGUCAAAACAAAACCUGCGGAUUACGAUGCCUCGAUAGUCCGCAGGACCAUUGAAGAGAUGGGCCCCAGUUUCCGUGAACAUCUAGCGGAUGAAAUUAACAGUCUUCUCCAGAUGAUUGAUUAUGACUCGGAGGGUUUGAUGAAGGUCCACGAGAGUUGUGUGGUCGAGGCAACCAAGCAAGACAAGCAAGUUGUCCCUCCCAUGGUGCUUGGACUGCGAGAUGUCACCUUUGAGGGUGGGACUCACUGGCCAGCACUACCUCCCAUGGCCGAGACAGUGGUAAACUAUGUGUUUGCCCGUCGAAAUUCGGGCGCAUGGCGUUUCCUUCCCUGUGAUGGCUGGGGAAAGCCUCGUCCACUAGCCUUUGGACCUAUCCAAGAAGAGCCAAAGAAAUAA